CUUGCGAAUUGCAAAUAUUUUUUAAAAAUAUUUUCAAAACAAAUACAACAUCAACAUAAUGGAAUUGUUUACAUCUACACCAGGAUUUUGUCCAUCUUGUGGAUCCAUAUUCCCACCAUUAGACAGUAGUAAGGAUGUAACAUGUUACAACUGUAAACAGACAUAUAAACCAGAUGUGUUUGGCGAUCAGGUAGUGGAGUAUACGAUACACUUUAACAACUAUGAUCCUGACAAGAUUGUCAAAACAAAAGAGGAGGAAAGUUCGGCAGCAGAUGGCCCAGUUGUCGAGAGGAAAUGUUCCAAAUGUGGUCACGACAAAAUGUCAUAUGCCACUCUUCAGCUACGUUCCGCAGAUGAAGGACAGACAGUGUUUUUCACAUGUCUCAAGUGCAAGUUUAAAGAAUCGGAAAAUUCGUAGAAGAUUGUUAUUGUUAUUAGAUAAAGUUGCAAAUAGAACUAUACGUACAAAA